AUGGCCAAAGUGAAGAAGGACGGAAAGCGCAAGGCCGAGGAGAAGCCAGGGAAGAAGCAGAAGGCUGAGGAGCCCGAGGAGGAGGAGGAGGACGUGUCGUCGAUGCAGGCGGUGAAGAUGGCCAAGUCCAAGCUCUCUGCGCUCGAGAAGAAGGGCAAGGCCAAGGCAAAGGCUGCGGCAGAUGACGACGACGACAGCGACGAGCCAGCACCAAAGGCCAAAGCAAAGCCUGCCAAGAAGAAGCCGGUGCCGGAAGAGGACGAUGACAGCGAUGACGAGCCGGCUCCCAAGGCCAAAGCCUCGCCCAAAGUGAAGGCGAAGGCCAAGGCAAAGGCCGCGGCAGAUGAUGACGACGACAGCGACGAUGACGAGCCGGCUCCAAAGGCCAAAGCCAAAGCAAAGGCCGCAGAUGACGACGAUGACGACAGCGAUGAUGACGAGCCCGCACCGAAGGCAAAGGCCAAAGCCAAGGCCAAAGCAAAGGCUGCGGUGGAUGAUGAUGACGAUGACGACGAUGACGAUGAUGACGAGCCAGCACCCAAGCCCAAGGCCAAGGCAAAAGCCAAAGCCAAAGCGGCUGCCGACGAUUCCGACGAUGACGAUGAUGACGACGAGCCUGCACCAAAGCCCAAGGCAAAGCCCAAAGCAAAGGCGAAGGCUGCCGCGGAUGAUGAUGACGACGACGACGAAGAGGAUGAUGAGGAGGAGGACGUCCCUCCUCCCAAGGCGAAGAAGGCCAAGACCGAAGGUGGAGGCGAUGGCAAGGAGUCGUUCGAAGUCUUCGUUGGCGGCUUGCCCUUCUCGACUAGCGAAGAGCAGGUGAAGAAAGACUUCGAAGAGUGCGGGGAGAUCGUGAAGUUUAGCAUGCCGAAGAACGACGAGGGCCGGCCGAAAGGCAUCGCUUUCAUCACUUUCAAGACCAAAGAAGGGGUGGACGCGGCGCUGAAGUACGAUGGCGACGACUAUGGCGGCCGUACGCUGAAGGUGAACCUCUCCUCGGACAAGCCAGCCAAGGGUAAAGGGAAGGAGAAGGGAAAGGACAAAGGCAAGAGCAAAGGAAAAGACAAGGGCAAGGGGAAGGGAAGUCAGAACGAUGAGCUCACGGUUUGCAUCAGGGGCCUGUCUUACAGCCUGGACGCGGAGACCGUCGAGAAGGACUUCGCGGAGUGUGGAGAACUGGUCUCCUGCCGCUGUCUGAAGAAUGAGGACGGGCAACUCAAGGGCAUCGCCUUCGUCGAGUUCAAGGAUGAAGAGGCUUUGAAGAAGGCCUUGGAGUUCAAUGAGACCGAAUACAGUGGACGAACCAUCUACGUCAGCAAAGCAGGCGACCGCGAAGGCAAAGGGAAGGGCAAAGAUGGCAAAGGUAAGGACGGCAAAGGCAAGUCCAAGGACGGCAAAGGCAAGGGGAAAGAUAAAGGAAAGGGCAAAGGUAAGAAGGGCAAGGCGACCUCGGCCAACAAAGCAGCCAAGGAUGGAACGAUGGUCGAGUCCACAGGCACGAAGCAGACCUUCGAUGACUCGGACGAGGAGGAGGAGGAGAGGCCAGCGAAGAAGGCCAAGGUGGCCAAAAAGCCCGUCGUUGAGGACGACGACGACGAUGAUGAUGAGUGA